UCCUCACUUAAGGCGAGACAUAACGGAGAAAGAGAGAGAGGUGUAACGUGUUUCUCGUACCUCAAUAUAGUUACACAGUCUGUGUACAACGUAGGUGCUUAGCAGCUUUACUUAGUACCCCGUGUGACUGCUGUCGGGUACUAGCGGUGCUGCUGAAUAGUUGCAGUGAAGUAGGAAGAGUUCCUUUUAUCAGCUGUUAUUAUUAUCCUCCCGAUCCCGCAGGACUACAUAAUUUAACCGUUUAAUUGCUUAGCCUCGUUAGGGAUAUCUGUAUUGCUGGAGAACGGCGCUGAUUGACGCGAGAAACACUAGGACGUUUCUUCAGUGCAGAUCGGACUGUCCCUGCAAGGAUGAUGAGUCUCCUUUUUAUUAUCUUAUACGUUGUGGGCAUCACUUUGGCGCUACCGCACCCUGGGAAAGGGGAUGGGUGUGAGUCUAAUCCUUGUGAGAAUGGUGCUACCUGCCUGGCUGGGCUGUCAGACGAGCCUUUUUCAUGUGAGUGUCCCACUGGCUUCACAGGUGUCAACUGUUCUAGUGUUGUGGAGGUUGCAGCUGAUGGUGAGCAGCUGUCCCUAGCAGGACUUUGCUUUCCCAAUCCCUGCCAUAAUGGUGGAACAUGUGAAAUCAGUGAGACAUACAGAGGAGAUACAUUCAUUGGAUAUGCUUGCAGAUGUUCAGAAGGUUUCCAUGGUAUUCACUGCCAACACAAUAUAAAUGAGUGUGAAGAUGAGCCAUGUAAGAAUGGAGGAAUUUGCACAGAUCUUGUUGCUAACUAUUCAUGCGAGUGUCCAGGGGAAUUCAUGGGCAGAAAUUGUCAGUACAAGUGCUCUGGUCCACUUGGGAUGGAGGGAGGAAUUAUAUCGAACCAGCAGAUUACUGCAUCAUCAACGCAUCAAGCUUUUUUUGGCCUGCAGAAGUGGUAUCCUUAUUUUGCCAGACUGAAUAAGAAGGGCCUUGUGAAUGCGUGGUCUUCAGCGGAAAAUGACAGAUGGCCUUGGAUUCAGGUGAACCUGCAGAGGAAGAUGCGAAUUACUGGUGUAAUAACACAAGGCGCUAAAAGGAUCGGAAGCCCAGAGUAUGUGAAAUCUUAUAAGGUUGCAUACAGUAGUGAUGGCAAGAUGUGGAUGAUGUACAAAGAAAAAGGCACCAAAGAUGACAUGAUUUUCCAUGGAAAUGUGGACAACAAUGCUCCAUUUGCAAAUUCAUUUACUCCUCCAAUAGAAGCACAGUAUAUUCGACUAUAUCCCCAAGUUUGUAGAAGGCACUGUACGUUGCGAAUGGAACUGCUGGGCUGUGAAUUAUCAGGGUGUUCAGAGCCACUUGGAAUGAAAUCUGGACAUAUCCAGGAUUUCCAGAUAACAGCUUCAAGCAUAUUUAGAACUUUAAAUAUGGAUAUGUUUACUUGGGAACCUUGGAAAGCUCGAUUGGAUAAACAGGGUAAAGUUAACGCCUGGACAGCAAGCCUGAGUGACCAGUCGCAAUGGUUACAAGUAGACCUUCUCGUCCCUACGAAGGUGACUGGAAUAAUCACUCAGGGAGCAAAAGACUUUGGCCAUGUACAAUUUGUUGGUUCUUACAAAGUAGCUUACAGUAACAAUGGAGAGGGCUGGACAAUAUAUCAAGAUGAAAAGCAAAAAAAGGAUAAGGUUUUCCAAGGAAAUUUUGACAAUGACACCCACAGAAAGAAUGUUAUCAAUCCUCCUAUCUAUGCACGAUACCUCAGAAUUCUUCCUUGGUCUUGGUACGGCAGGAUCACUUUGAGAGCAGAGUUGCUGGGCUGCACAGAAGAGGAGUGAUAAGGGACUGCUUCUGUUAACUCCUGGAAUACUGCUUAAAAGUUUCCUUAAAAAAACUGUGCAAAACAUUUAGGAAAGCAAAUGAGGUGUCAUAAACAAGUGCUCAGUUAUGGUAGGCCAGAAACCUGUAUUUUGUAAAGUGUUCUAAGCCUGCUAUCAAAUUCUUACAUACAUUUUUUAUUUUAUUUUUCUUCUGUUAGCAUUAGUGUGGAAUAUACUUUUGCUCGCUUUUACUGUUUUUCUUCACCUUUUUUAUAUUAAGUAACAAGUAGUACCCCUUCACAAAAAAUGCAUUCUAAAUCAAAGAUUUGACAGUAGCCAGGGGAGGUCUUGAGGUCAUGAGUUAGGUGUAUAGUUAAAAAGACACCUUUGUGACAGGAACUCUAAAUGCUUCCACAGUGAGUUGCCUCUUGGAUACCUAGUUGUAGAAUUGGUUCCAUUGUGCCUAUUAACACUAUGCUGUUUCUGAUUUUAGUUGUAUUUGUAUAUUAAACUAUUCAGUGAGUGUAUAGUUGUCUUAGAGCAUCAUAUACUUUUGCUUAUCAAGAUAUACAUUUAUGUCAUACACCUUGACUUAAAUAUAAUGAUGUUUAUGUCUUAAUUGCAUGUCUGAAGUUAUUUUUAAGCCCUUUACAGAAACAAUGCCCUACUCUGUCUAAACACAGGCUGAAAACUGAAUUUUGAUCACUUAAUUAUAGUGUACAAUUUGUGUGCAGAUUUGUUAAUAUUUUGAAACUACAGUGUGUUGCACCCCAACACAAAUUGUCAUUUAUCUCUGCUAGGCCCAUUAACUGAAGUGCAUGAAAAAAAAUUGAUACAUUCCACUGUGUUUUUGCAUAAACAAAAAUCUGACAUUUGUCUUUCAAGUAACGCUAAAGACACAGUUCAUUCUCUGUGCAAGCAUCCAAGUUUAGAAAUAGGCAAAGGGAGUGGAGGUAGUGAUGGGAAUUAUAAAGUGAUUCAGUCAGAAAAAAAAGUAUAUGUUUGUCUGUACUACAACUUUAUGACAUUACAUUGGAUUCUUAUUCCAUAGUUUUGUUGUGAGGGUAUUAUUUCACACAAAAGUUAUGUACUCUUCAGCUAAAAUGCUGCAAUCCUGUGAUGAGGCCCCAUGUCCACUUUACUGAUGUGCUCUGGACAUUUUUUUUCCUGUGUAUCCAGUAUCUUUGUGUGAUAAGCAGUCUGUUAAAUGGACAUUGAGAUAUACAUUGCAGAGUGUUAAGGAACACAGUUGUAAUUUUUGUUAAAUUUUGUAACUUAUUUUUAUAUUGUAUUUCGGUUGUAUAAAUACACCAAAUGGUAUGGCUACAAAACAGCAUUCUGCCAUGUUAAUUUUAAAUAAAAUGGUUUCAUUUAUCGAUGUAACUCCCUGGAUCAAGCAUAUUUCUGGUAUUCUGUCAUAUUAAAACACAUUUUGAGAGAUGCAUGUUUUAAAAAUUGAAGGUCAAUAUUUUUAAAUAUUGUUUCCAGAAUUUUUAAUCUGCUUUUCAUCAACUGAAAAAGAUUUAUGAAAGGUUAUCAAAUACUACAUUAUUAAUGAGAGUUAACAAUGGACUCACUACAAAACUUACUUGAAAUUGUUUUAGAAUGUAUGAAUAUGUAUAUUUUCAGAGGUUUGUGUGUGGAGUUUUGAGUGGGUUUAUUUUGUAUCAUGAAACGUUAAAAAGAAACUGUUCAGUUAUACCAGUUUGAGAGAGUAGUACAAUACCGCUAAAUUAAAUUUUAGUCGUGCUGUACAACAAAUUCAACUAGACUGUUAACUGUCUUGUCUGUAAAUCUAUUAACAACAUUCCCUAACUGUAGUAUGUAAAUAUAUAUAUAUAUAUAUACACAUGUCUGUUAUGUGGCCAGAAAAAUAUAACCGGGCAAGAAUUUUGAUGGUCAUUCUGCCUCAUACCUCAGCAAACACAAGAAAAAAUACUUUGCUGCAAUGUACACAAUAUCACAUAGCAUGUUACUAUGAUUAUGAAAUACCCUUGUAUCUAAUGAAAAUGCAGUUUUCUGUAUUCCUUGGAAAUUGCAAUGACAGAUGGCUUUGCAAGUUGACCAGUUAUAGCAACACUUAAUAUGGCAACCAUCUGGUACAAAAAUUGUAUUUGUGCAAUUAUAUUUAUAAAUAUAGCAGUUUUAGUUUUCAAAUGAAGGAGAAAAUAAUUGUAUUAAGUACAAGUUAACAAGGUUAUAUACAUGUUGUUUGAAUGCAGUAUACUGAGUUAGCCUUGUCUAAAUGAUCGAGCAACGAGAAGAAAACAAGAGCAUCUAUUUAUUUCAUUGUCAUAUACUGAUAGGUCUGAAGUUCUGUACUGAUGUGUCACCUUUAUGUAGCCAAAAUCACAUAUUAUUUACCUCUCAUUGCUUCACUUUUGGUAUUGUCUAGACGUUAUCCAAGCCUUGCAAUAUGAGCAGCUAAGUGUCAACCUUACAAAAUCCAGUUUAUGAAUUUGUUAUUCUAUAGCCAGUGAUUAAAACGCUGAGCGACUUGUAUGACUUGGCUUUUGGAUUUGGCGUGUCAUUUAGUCACAUGUUUUAGCCUUUCAUAUGUCGCCAUGUUGAUGUACUGCAGAUUACCUGUGACAUGCAUUUCUAUGAGGGUAUCUCAUUGCUUCAGCAGUCCUGCCUUUAUAGUUUACACAGUAUCACAGUAAGUGGCAACACCAACAGUGUGCUACACAGGAGUAUGAAUCUGUACAGUACAUUGUCCACACUUACUUUUCUUCACAUACACAAUGGGUUGCCUUAUUUUAAUGUGUGCUUAAGCAACUUACACAUGUAAUAAUGACUGCAUUUUAAUAUGUUAUACUAUGUUAAGCAUGUUUCUUAAAGUGAAAAUUUGGAGGUGGAGCUCUACAGUUCCUUCUUUUGACACAUUCCCCAGUAAGUAUACGACAGCAGUUACAUUAUUAGACAUUUCAGUACUGUACUUAACCUAGCGCAGCAAUAUGUACCAGAAGGAAUGGCAUUACUUUGUGUGGUGUUGUGGAUACAGCUAACAGUCUAAUCAUCAGACAAGACUUUCACCUGCCUGCUGUAACAUUACUCUCUGUUUUUAGAAUAAGCAGUGCAUAUUUUAAUAUGAUUGUGGGAAAAUGUCAAUCCAGCGCUAGUAUGACUUAACUAAGUGCCAGGUGACAGCAGUCUGAAUGUGAACAGUUGUAUUCAUUUUUUAAGUUAUAAAUUUGAGUCGUAAUAAUUUGAGGCAUGGGCAGCCUUGUACAUGCUUAAUGUGCAUGAAUGAAUAAUAAGCUCCACCUAUUUUGUCAUCGGAAAAGAAAUAAUGACUACCACAGUUCACACCAGUUUGACAUUCUACUUAGCACACCUGAUCCUUAAGGUUUGUACAUAGGUUAAAUGUUCUUGUCCCAGAACUGUAAAAAUCAUAUGCAUAGGUUAAAUGCUCCUGACACAGAAUCGUAAGAUCACGUACAUAGGUUAAAUGUGCCUGUUCCAGAGUUGUAAGAUCACAUGCAUAGGUUAAAUGGUCUGCCUCCAGAAUUUUUACAUUGUGAGCAUAGAAUUAAAUGUUUCUGUCCCAGAAUUGUAAUAUCACGUGCAUAGGUUAAAUGUUCCUGUUCCAAAUUUGUAAUAUAAUGUGCUUAGAAUUAAAUGAUCCUGUCCAAAAUAGUAAGAUCAUGUGCAUAGGCUAAAUGUUCCUGUUCCAGAAUUGUGAGAUCAUCUACAUUGGUUAAACGUUCCUGUCACAGAAUUGUAAAUCCUGUUGAUAUGAUUGGUCCUGAUGUUCCAGCAGUGAAUUUGGUGGAGGAUGUCUAGAUCUCAAUAAGCUGAGAAAAAAAUAUAUAUAUUUAAAAUAUGUGGUGAAGUCAGGUGCCCUUCAUGCUCACAUUGGACUAGUUGCACUUUUGGGGUGCAAUGUGGAGAGUAGUCAGACAUCCUCCUUUUUCUUCCUGCCUUCGUUUACUGACAGCACAAUUUUGUUUGCAGUUUUUGUAUCCACAGUAGCAGCAAACAUAGUAUUUAUACAGGUUUUAGUUGCACUGAAAGGUUUACAGAGCACUCAUGUUGGUAUAUGGGAUGUUAGUUGCCUGUAUUUGACAUAGAAGAAAUAACACAAAAUCAAAUGGCUGCAAGAACUGUAGACUAAAAACAUUUAAUUGUUCCUCUAAUAAGUACUUUUAUUCUUGUUAAGAUGCCAUUCAAGUCCAUCCAUUGCUUUGUGUGGGUAUGAUAAGGUAUUGCUGAGGAUUAAGGCUAUGAACUAUUAACUGUCUGCUUCCUGUAUUCUGGGGUUUGAUUCCCUUCAGUGUCCAGGUGCCUACUGUGCAACCUGGCAGUGCUCCUGGAUCACCACUGAAAAGGAAUGCUUAUGUCCAAUGAGCCUACCUUGCAAAAAAGUUAAAUAAAUAAAUUAAAAAGGCCUUUAUGGGAAAAGUGUGAAACAUGCUACCAAUAACAAGUACAUCGAAUGUUUUUUUUUUUUUUUCUUGAACAAAUGUUUAUUUUGUCCUGAAUUAAACCAUUAAAUAGUUAAAUAAUAAACAGGAGUGCAUAUUCAUGUGGUUUGGAAUGGAAAACUAUAGAGUUCUGAGGAUCAGGGGUUUGCAUGUGAUCCUUAAACAGGCAACACAGCCACCCAUCGUUGUGAACAAAAAGAGAUGAAUCUGCCAAAAGGAGAUACUGUUGGCUCUCUGGAAUGUUAGUUGCAGCUUUGGCCACACUAGCACAUACAAUUAUGCAUAUUGGAAAAUAAGGUAGUUGAUAAGGUAGUUGCAGUUAAGUAAACAUCUGUAGCACUGCAUAAUGUGUUAUUCCAGGUACUCUGGUACUCUAUUCACAAUUCCAUUGUUGGACUCCUUUAAAUAUUUCUGUUUGUGUUUCCUCUGAAAGGUUUUAAGGAAUUCUAAUGUUCAUUUUCGCUAAUCUGAAUGUCGUAAGGUGGCAUUUUCUAAAUAAAACAAAUUUUCAGUCCUUAUGAGGUAAUGGCAGAACUGUGUAACCUAGAAAGCUGAAUAUGUAACAGUCUGAGCUGCAGCCUCUUCAGCUGUAAUACUGUAAUGUUUUGUAUAUACUCCAGUCCUGCAGGUUAAUGCAACAUCUGUAUAAGCUUGUGUGGUCUUCAGUCUUACUAAUAAAAUUUCUGAAAAUUCAA